AUGUCAUUAAGGAAAUCCACAGCAGGUCGUCCUUCCGGAACUGAUGGAUCUGAUUUCUCCUACCGCAUGGUUAUUGACCCAAGUGAGAAAAAUCAGUGGAAUUAUUUGAAAAGAUUAACAUAGCUUCAAGUUUUACACCUUACUCGUUUAUACCUCUUAUGCCUUUUUGAAUGAACUAAUUGUCGUUUUUUUCUCUGUCUAGGAUAUUUGAAAGUGGCUGAAGGCAAGUCUCGCCUGUCCAAAUUGCUGGUUGCCCAGGUAAACUAAGAUGGAAUCAUCUGAGUUUAUGAGUUCAGAAAAGAGGCUUCAAAAGAAGCUUAGUGUAAAGGGGCGUUUGCUGAAUUGGGGUUUUUUACUUGACCCAUUCAUAAUAUAAAUCAAGUUAGGAGUCGUUGGCUGCCAACAACGAUUUUGCAUUUAAUAUAGAAUAUUUCCAUCUUGCUAAUCUCUCAUGACAUAUUCUUCCUCCCCUUCAUCUAAGUAUCGGAGGGCUGUAAGUGUCUGCUGGUGAAUGGUAGCAUCCUAUAAUGUAGAUGAAGACAUCUGAGGGGCUGUCAGCUCUGUGAUUAUGAUUUAUAGCAGUAGCUGAUGGAAAUGUAACAAGCGUUGGAUACAUUUGCUCACAUGUAGGAGAAGGAAAAAGGAAGAAGAUGCCAAAGGGUAUGCGUGAGAAGAGAAGGAGAUUAAUUGACUGUCAUUGAUCCUGACAGCCCAUUGAUAUUGUUCAUGGAAGAGGGAAUGAUUCCUUUACUAUACUAAACCUAGAAGAGAAAAAGGCACAUUUAUAACAACCUAAUGCUAUUAAACUCAGAAGAGGCACUGUCAACUAUGCAUUAAAAUGGCCUAUUUUGUAUCCAUUCUAUUUCGUGUUCCUGUACCUCUUCUUGUUGAUUUUUUUUCUGAGAAACUGUUUGGUGGCAGGCUAUCUAUCAAGUUUUAGGAGUAGGAUGGCUGUUUCUGUUUAAGUCACAGAAAAUGGGCCCUGACAGCUUAACCAUACUGUCCAUUGUAAUCGGCUUCAUCUCCCUUCUGAUUGGAGAAUUAGGUUCUGUCUACAAACCCAUUUGCCCUCCUAGAAUUGGACACUUCUGUUGAUGGUGGUUUUAUAUAAUCCAACCUUAAAACUUUGGUAGGCCGUCAUCGCAGUCAAGUGACUCUUUUGAGGCUCUACUCAACUGUAUCAUCCAUGGCGACAGCACUCUCAGUGGCAUGUGUGAUACGGAGUGAUUUCUUUCUUCAGGUAAUCAAGGAUUUUCUGGCAAAGCCAUUUUGUUCCUUAUGCUCUUUUAUCGUUUUAGGCAAAAAUCUAGUGCUUCUGUUGUUAAUGCACCAUUGUUUGUUCAUCAAUCAAAAUAGGUAUUUAAAAAUUUCCCCAUGGAAUAUAGCCCCUUGCUUAUCAUAAUCAGAAUCCAGGCGAACCAAAGGAUUUUCUUAAAUUCACUCUGAAUAAUCCUAGACUGGGGCGUCGAUGUGACAGGUGAGGGCAGAGCCUGGCUGCCCUUGGACCAGCAAAUCAGCAAAGACCCAGCCUCCUAUUUCAUUUAUUAACCUCUCUGAAAGUCUUCACCUUCUUGGGAAUCAUUAAUGAACCUCCUCAAUUCAUCUUCAUCAUCACAUUGUAGGUUGUUUUACCAAGCUGGUUCUUCCACAGGAACUAGAGAACCUGGAUUCUCUGCAGGAACAGAAUCUAUGCCUCUAUCCUCACCUCAUAAUCAAGAUAUUAUCGUGGGAAUAACCUCUCCCAUCAAUUUCCAUACGAAGGAAGCUCUUUCCAUGGUUUUUCUUCUGGCCCAACCCGAGUCAAGGCCUUUGUUUUGUAGGAACUGUCAGUGGGCCGCAGGCCGGGCUUCAUCACUUGCUUAUGCCCAUGCUUUUUUCUGUGUUUUCCUUCGCCCUUAACCCAAGAUAAGCCUUCACAGGAAAUGCUGCUGUGCCUGGCCCAUGUCUUGUAAUCAUUUUGAGGUCACUGAUCUAUGUUCUUAUCUAUUCUGUACACUUAAUCAAUUUUAGUACCUUUCUAAGUUUUAUGGAUAAAAGUUUGGAGGAGUGUGAAAAUAUCUACAAAUGUGAUCAUUUUAAAUUUUAAAUUUUAAAAUUUUGGAUUUUACUAAUUUCACACUCCUAUCUCCCAGGUUAUCCAAGAUUGGAGUGUAUCGGCCAUAAAAAUUCAUGACUGGGUUGAUAUCAGCUGUGCUGCCAUUGGUGAGUAGGAAGUUGGUCUUAGAUUUACAUUUUUCUAAUUAUUUUCAUAUUUCUAAGCCAAAACGUACUAGUAGAGCAUAUGGUUUGUAUAUAUAUAGAUGUGUUUAAUGGUUCAACCUUAUUACUAAUUGUGGAACAGGUAUUCUUCUGCAAAUCGUUGUGAUUGUGACCACUACCAGUCUAGUGUACAAUAUGUCUCCAAGAAGGGCUGCCUCUCAGUAG